CAGUCGCUCGCCGGACGCGACGCGCCGCGCACGUUAUGCUCCGCGUGUGAGUGUAGAGUGUAGUGGGGCAGAGGCCCAUACGUUCGAAAAUAGAAAACGGAAAAAUUGACCCCCAAAUGGGAGUAUACGAAGAGAGGGGGGCGAUGCACUGGCAACAGAGUGAGCGGUACCUAUCUUCGGCGUACGAGGCAGGAGCAGAGUUGUCGCCAGUCGCGCCCGCAGCGUCACCGGGUUCCCCUCGCGAUUGCACUUCGUGUCGCAAGAGGGAACCACCAGAUGAACCUCCGCCACCGCCUCCAGAAGACGCAUGCGCAGGUUGCGGCGCUAGGAUAACAGACAGAUAUUACCUUCUUGCUCUUGAACGACGCUGGCACACUCCGUGCUUGAGAUGCUGCGAAUGCAAGAUGCCUCUCGACUCAGAACAGAGGUGCUAUGCGCGGGAUAGUAAUAUAUUCUGUAAAAAUGACUACAUCAGGUUAUACGGAUCGAAACGGUGUGCGAGAUGCAACACUCCAAUCUCAGCGUCUGAACUGGUGAUGCGGGCUCGGGACCUCGUGUUCCAUGUGCACUGUUUCUCGUGCGCUCUAUGUAGUACAAGACUCACAAAGGGCGACACAUUCGGUAUAAGAGAUUCAGCUGUUUAUUGCAGGCUACAUUACGAAACGAUGCCGGAUUACGGUCCUCACAUGGCAGUUCCGGGGCCUCCACAAAUGUGUCCCGGACCUUACGCGGGACCUCCGCCAGGUUCGCAUUAUCCUCCGUACCCAUCGCCCGAAUUUGCGCGGGUCGAACCCGAUGUUCCUAAAGGCCCUUUCUUCAACGGGUCAACAGCGCCACCGCCUCGACAAAAAGGACGUCCAAGAAAAAAGAAACCCAAAGACCAAGAACUCAUGACUGCUAACCUUGAUCUGAAUCCUGAGUACUUGGAGAUGGGUUUCCGCGGCGGUGGCGCUUUGGGGACCACGUCGCGCACGAAGCGCAUGCGCACCAGCUUCAAGCACCAUCAGCUACGCACCAUGAAGUCAUACUUCGCCAUCAAUCAUAAUCCGGACGCGAAGGACUUGAAACAAUUGAGCCAGAAGACCGGUCUCCCGAAAAGAGUGCUUCAGGUAUGGUUCCAGAACGCACGAGCGAAAUGGAGACGCAUGGUCACGAAACAGGAAAACAAAAUGGCGGAGAAGUGCUCUCCAGAGGGCUCGUUGGAGAUGGACAUGUACCACGGCCCCAUGGGCUCGAUACAGUCGCUUCCCGCGCACAGUCCACCGUACAGUGUGAUGGGCGGCCCUCCGAGCCCCAACUCCAUGGACUGUCCAUAGCCACAAUUUUGCGCUUUAUGAGCGCUCUGCAAUUGAACAUUAAAAUUCCAAGUGUACACGCAAUCGGCGCUCCAAACGAAUUCUGUGAAAGUUUGUGGAACUUAAUAGUGACUUAGAUCACGUUGUAAAUGUUACGGAAAAUUUUAAUACCAAGGACUACUUGAAGACAAAGAUCUAUGAAGUGACGCUAAAGUAAUGAUCCCAGUGUAAAAUGAAAUCUAAUAGUAUGUACAUGAUUUUGAUCGUCUAGAUAUUAAAUUGUACAUUGGCUUGGAGAAUAUCGCUUUCUACACAUUUUGUUAUUGAAACAUUGUUAAAUACAUUAGUCUGCAGCAUUGUAAUAUGUAGUUCUAGAUCACUGAUAAGUCUUUACCUAUUUUUAAACACUCCGACUUCCGACACCAAACAUCUACAGAGACGAUUGAAGUUAAUAAAUAACAUGGCGUAUAAGUUAUAUCCGUCCAUUUUGAAAAAAAAAACUUUUGGUGAAACAAAUGCCGUACGAGGCAUUGAAUACGUGGACAUAAUGAAUUCCAAAAUAUUAAAUUAAUUCUAUUAUAUAAUAAAUGCAAUAAUGGUUCAAAAUAUCGUUUGUUAUAAACUAAAUUAGGCCAUCCAAGUUAUUCGUUAUUUUUGAAACGAUGUUGCUAUAAUCGAAUAAUCGACGACAUUUAUAACAAAAAUGGUUUGUGUUGCUAUUCUAAAUUGACAAUAAUUAUUUAAAAAAAAAGAAUGAAUGUCUGACGUACGUUGAAAUGCCUCUUUAAAUUGUAACUUGAUGGUACUCUGCCAAAAACCUUCAUGCAAGCGUCUACAACAAUGUAAUGUACUAAGUUUCAACAAAAUCGGAUGAAUGUAGCGCUGAUAGAAUACGAACUAAAAUAUCAACAAUAUAAUAAAUAGCGAACAUAUUUCAUGAGAUUACUCGUAAUCUAUAGCAAAUAUAAAUAUAUAACUUUUAUUAAAGCUGACACGACAUUUUAUGGAAUGUCGAAACGUUCCAUGUAAGUAAGACCCUGCUAAGCAGAAGUCUCUUCCACAGGCUGAUUAUUAUUCAUGUAUUUCCAUAAAUAACUAAAAUUGAUUUAUUUAAAAUACUACAUGUGACUGUAAAUAAACGAUGAGUAAUUUCAUAAGGGCGUAAGUCUCAGAGUGAGGUUAAAAAAUGUACGCCGUACCGUGUAACGAUGAUACUCUUGUAAGUUAAUACACGCCUGUAAUGUCUUGAUCUCUAAGACAGGUAACAGAACAGACAUUUACUACCUGGACAAUUAGUUUUAUUAAAUUGUGGAUAUAACAUAAGAUUUAGUUUUAAAAUGCUUCUAAAAUGAGAGGUUAUAAUUUUUUUCGACUUCAUUGAAUUGAUAUGAUGGAAGAUUUUUUAAUUAAUAUAUACUAUUUAUUUAUUGACUCCUAUAUUUAAUUUAGUAUGUAAGUUUAGUUUAAGGUAUAGCAGGUAAAUACGAAAAUUUCCAUAGUAAGAUAGUUUUAGUGUUAUACAGAAAUGUUAUAAGAUAUUUCGAAAAAUUUUCAUUGACUGGCUGCUCCAUGCAUAUUAAUACAAAAUUAUCAUCGAUACGUUCUUAAAUUUUGGUUCGAUUUCAAAUCUAAUAUUGUUUCUAAUUAAUUAAUAACAUUUAACGUAAAAGCGAUUGUCAAAAAAUUACCACUAUUUCGAAAGAGA